ACAUACAAAUUGAUGCAAAUGUGACGGUGAUUCGUGACGCUUGUGACUCGUUGAAAAUUCAUGUUGCUAUAGAAAAAAAUCCUAUAAAGAAAAAAUCAUCAAGAGAAUCGACAACCAUGUUUCAGUUCGGGUUUAACAUGUUCCCGGAGAUUCCGCGGCCCUUCAACACUCAGUACAAAUGCUUCUCAGUGUCGAUGUUGCCUGGAACCUAUCGUCAGGAUGUUGAACGCGGCGGCAAGAUAAUCAUGCCACCAUCUGCCUUGGAGCAGCUUACAAGGCUCAAUAUUAUUUACCCGAUGUUAUUCAAACUAACCAACAAGAAAACAAAUAGAAUUACUCAUUGUGGUGUAUUGGAAUUUAUCGCUGAUGAAGGAAAAGUCUAUUUGCCUUAUUGGAUGAUGCAUAAUCUUUUGCUGGAGGAAGGCGAGUUACUGAAUGUAGAGAGUGUGUCAUUACCAGUUGCAACAUUCUCUCGUUUUCAGCCACAGUCAGAAGACUUUCUAGACAUUACAAAUCCAAAGGCUGUAUUAGAGAAUGGCUUGCGCAGCUUUGCCUGUCUAACUACAGGUGAUGUGAUUGCGAUCAAAUAUAAUCAGAAGAUUUACGAAAUGUGUGUGCUAGAAACCAGACCUGGUCCAGCAGUUAGUAUCAUUGAGUGUGAUAUGAAUGUGGAGUUUGCUCCACCGGUAGGCUAUAAAGAGCCAAUACGAAAGCCAAAGAAGGAAGAAGAUGAUAUAGAGCAUCUGGCUGAUUUGAUGCCGGCGCAGACUGGCUUUGUACCUUUUCAGGGUGAAGGGGUCCGGCUGGAUGGUAAAAAACGCAAAGACAUGCCCAAGCAGGAAACUGUAACUACCAAGCCGACCUAUGUUCGCGGAAUACCAGAUUAUGAUUAUCAAAUAGGCACUCUUAGGUUCCUGCGAAAUAUGAAGCCAGCGAAUAAUAAGGAGACGAAGGAUCCAGACGAGUUUAAGGCGUUUACUGGCGAAGGGUUUACACUUCUAAGGAAAUCCAGAAAAUAAUAGAAUAACGAACAAUUAUUUAUUUUUAAUUUAUAAAUUUAUGAGAGAGUUUGCCAGAAUGAAUGUUGUAUUAUCUGAAUUACUAUUUUAAUAAGAUAUACGUAUGUUU